ACGAUCGCCUACAUUGAGAAAAUGUUGCAAGAAAAAGAUAUUUUAGAUCAUUUUAUGAACGAGAAAGGUAACCUAUCUUCGACACAUGGAAGACAGGAACCAUCACACGACGAGGAAACUGACCAAGUUCCAGGCAAAAAAUCACAUGGUGAUGAAGGUGUGGAAGUAAACGAAGGAAAUGCUGUUGAUGACAACACGAAAUAUUUUAUCACAACAGAUCAUGUUUCAAAAGACGUAGGUGAAGUACACAAAGUGAAGAGUAAGGAGGGCAAAUGUAUUUCCAAGAUCAGAAAAGUAAAGAGAAGUCAUAAAAGAAAACUGCAUGACACUUUUAAUGAAGAGAUGGAUAUGCCAAGAAAUCUGAGCUCUAAUGAGAUUAAAAGAUCAAACAUCCGUCAUUUGUUUGCAGCCUGGCUCAUUUUUCAUGUUCAGCGCCUAUCACUGAAAACAGGGGUAAAGGCAUUUGUAUGGGCUACUUUGUUAUUAUCUAUGCAAUUCUCGCUAGUUACAACAUCUCCUAUUCAAAUAACCAAAGACGCAACAAACGAAUAUGAUUACAGCAUACUGAAGGCUUCACAAUGUAAUGGCAUUGGUGUUUUAAGACCCCGCACAUGUGGAAGAAACGAAAAAAUGUUUAACAUCUACAUUGAGUUUUGCGGAUUUGCGGCUAUGUGCGAUCCUGGAUAUAAACCAAUUUGCAUAGAUGGAGAUGAUGAUGAAACAAUAUACUUUUGCUCCCCUUAUAAUCUUACAUGCAAAAAAGGCUACAGAAGGAAGGUCAGAAAAAAAGAAGCUGAUCCCGAUCUUGUUAUUGUGAAAGAAGAAAAAUGUCCACUAGGGACGUACCAACCUUCUGAAUCCGACUGUUACAACUCAUGUGCCUACAGACAUGAAAGUCUUGAAGACCUUCCAAGCCAAUAUGCCGUUUAUAGCUCUGGAGAUAAUGCAUCACCAGCAAUGGUAUAUUGUGAUUUCCAUAGAGGUUUCUACAACCCAAAUGGGAAUUUCUUGACUAGAUAUGACAGAGAAAUGACAUACAGCUCUUUCCAGUGUACCAAUGUGAAGGAGCACAAUCCAUGCCAUGGUGUAAUGUCCCCACUUCCAGAUGGCUCGUGUGUUGAGCCGUGUGAAGCUGGGCACUCUCGAGAUGUUUACGACAACUUUAGGUGCACUAAGAACAACAUCGUUGAAAAUCCAGAAAAGACAGCAACAAAGAGUGGUUCUAAAGACGAUGAUGGAUAUGAACGAUUUCAAGCAGACGACAAGCAUGAGAUUGAAUGGAUUACACCGGUGCAAAGUGAAAAUACUUCUACGCAGAAUUGGCAUGUUACAGUAAUCAUAGUAAUGGUUAUUGCUGCCCUCCUCUUUACUGUAGGAAGUAUGAUCGUUAUUUGCUGCACCCGAAAAGGGAGUACAUGUAUGUAAAAAUACUAAUUCAAGUCGAGAGAAUUCAGCUUCAAGCUAAUGCCUUAUCUACAGUUUGCAGAAAAUUCCAAAUUAUUUGACUUUAUAUGACAUUUUGCCAUGGACAAAAAUGUUUUGUUGGAAUUCAUUUAUUCUGAUUUUGUUAAUUUGUGUUUUGUUUAUAUUCUAGCUUGUAUUUUCUUUUUCAUGAAUAUUGUUAAUAUGUUAUAUCAUUUACUUUGAUAGCAAAACACGGUUUAGAUGUUAUAUAAAAUAUAAAUUAACACUUUGAUUCGUGCCUAUUGUGUUUAAAAAAAUGAUAUAAUGUAUGAUUUUUUUCUGCUUAAACCUACAUCAAUACAAAUAAAAAUGUUUUUGAAUAUUAAGUAAGAAAAGCAAAUAAAAAACUUUAUCUUUGCAAAUAUUUAAUCGAUAAAACAAUUUAAAAGUGAAGUUUUGACCAAUUUGACCAAAUGUAACAAUUUUAAUUCUGUCAAUGGUAUGCUUAUCUUUUUUCCGGUUGUAUCAAUAUUUGUCUUUUAUUAUUCGAAAUAAAUUUGUAUUCACCUUUU